UAGUCUGUACUUGCAAGUUGUAUAUGCACGCCAGACUGUGGAGAGAGAAGAUAGUUCUAGAGAGAGAAAGAGAGAAGAGAUGGAAGCAGAGACCGGUAUCAACGCAUUGCCGGAGAAUUGCAUAGCCAAGGUGUUGUCUCUCACGAGUCCUCUGGAGACUUGCUGGCUUUCGUUGGUGGCAUCCAUUUUUCGGUUGGCUGCGGAAUCCGACACAGUUUGGGAGAGAUUUCUACCGUCGGAUUAUCAGGACAUGAUUUCCCGAGCGACCGAUUCUUCUCGGCCGGUUUUUGCAUCCAAUAAAGAGCUUUAUCUCCAUCUCUCCGAUCAUCAGCUCAUCAUUGACAGUGGCUCUAAGAGUUUUUCAUUGGAUAAACGGAGUGGGAAGAAAUGUUUCAUGUUAGCUGCAAGAUACCUCUCAAUUAUUGGGAGUGAUACACCUAUGUGUUGGAGAUGGACUUCUCUAACCGAAUCCAGAUUCACUGAGGUGGGAGAGCUUGUCAAUGAACGUUUGCUUGAAAUUCGCGGGAAGAUAAGUACUCAGAUGCUAUCGCCAGACACAACCUAUGCAGCUUACCUUGUGUACAACUGGACGACAGAAGCAUAUGGAUUUGAAACCCAAUCAGUAGAGAGCUGGGUACGAGUCAGUGGGAGUGAAAGGGAAUUAAGGUGUUUUCAUCUGUGUCCUAGUGGAGUGCAGAGGCGUCGGAAGACUCGGCAAAUGGGCUUUCACGACAUCCGUACUAUGCAGAGACCACAAGUCCUCCAACAAGGGUGUCCGAAGCAGAGAGGGGAUGGAUGGAUGGAGAUGGAGUUGGGUAAGUACCUCAACAAGGAUAGAGAAGAUGGAGAACUAGAAAUAUGUUUGCAAGAAGUCAAGGGCGGACACAUGAAAAGUGGCCUCAUUCUUCAAGGAAUCGAAAUUAGGCCGAAGAAUAAUAUAGUAAAUUAAUAAAUGAAUGGAAGAAUGUACUCGCUCUCUUUCAAAAUAAGUGUCAUGUUUUGGGAUCUGUGAUUCACAAAUCAAGACACUUAUUUUGGAACUGAGGGAGUAUGUGUAAUUUUGUUGUUGGAUCGAACUCGGUGUCCAUCCAGCUAUGUUAUGAUGCUUUUUGCAGGCCUUGUUGUUCAGUUAUGAGUUUUGAAUAGCAGAACAUUUGAGAUCUGUACAUUUGGGUUGAUGUACAUAACUUCUUUUUCUUUUUUUUCCCUCCAUCACUUUUUCUAUUUGUGAAAAGCACAUCUCCCUCUUUCUUUUAUUGAAUGGGCAAGUCUACCCAAAAGCAAGUGUAAGAAUUGAAAGUCGGCGGAUGAAAAUGUAGGUUUGCUUACAAAGGACUACCGACUUUGUUCGAAUAUAUUUGGUGAGACAUUGAAUAC